AUGUCGGACUAUUACGGCGGCAGCAAUAACAACAGCAGCCUUCGCGUCCCUCGCGCGAGGAACUCAGGCCGUGCGAGGGACUCGCUUGUGUUCCAGGAUGACAAUCGGUACCCCUCUCAGCAGACUGCUCUGCGCCGGCCCAGCUCGCGUUACUCGCUGAAUGAUCAAUUUGCGGCGACGCGCCAGGAGUAUGAAUUUGGUUUUGACGAUGCCAGCUCCAUUUAUUCCAAGGUGUUCGGUGGUGAUAAAUAUGCGGACUCAAGGUCUCUCUUGGACCCGGCGGAUGUUGGAGGCCAUGGAGAGGGCACAGAUGAUGAAUUAUCCCCGGAUCUAUAUGAGCUUCUGGUCCUCUCUGACAGAGGAGACCUCUCCCAGGACGACAUCCGAGACGCUUACCACCGGCUCUUCCUCCUUUUCUACCCGGCCAGUUACCCAGAAGAUCAGCGCGGCAUAGCCCAGGAGCACUUCUUGCAGAUUCAAGCGGCUUUCGAGACACUAAUUAACCCGGAACGGCGCGCGCAGUACGAUCUAAGUCGGAAUCGAGAUACUCUAGGCUUCAGCGAUCUCGCGGCCAAUGGGUCUCUGGGUCAGUAUCCUCAAUCGCGCGACUCGGGCGUCAACUUAUUAACAAGCUCACAUUUGGGCGUCCGCUUCGAUGCAAGGCGUACGUCGGAACGCUUCGGAGGGCAGGGUCGAGAAUCUUCCUCUGCUUUACGAGGGCUCGACUACGCCUUGGGCCAUUCAAUGACAAUAGCAACCAAGAGCACGUUGUUACAGAGAUUUGCAGCAGAUCAUCAGUUCGGUGUACUGCUCCCCUCUCUCACCAUCUCCGGCGCCGCCUAUGGCGUUGUAGACCAGGUCUCGUCAGUGCCCGUGACGAUACUCUCCGAUCGCUACCAGCCAUUGCUGCCUGCAACGCUGCCGCGAACAAGACUGACGCAGCUUGUUGAGAGUAAGCUGGCGCCUCUGGCUACGGCUACCCUCCAUGGGGGUGCCGUCAAUAAAUCAUUAGCUCCGGUUGAGCCAGGUGCGUCGAAAUGGGUUCGGACGGAAGUAGAGCUCGAAUCAACUAUCCUGCCGGACCAGACUUUUACCACUCGAGUGAACCACCAAGUUCUACUGCCCAACACCCAAAAUCCGACAGCAUUCGACGCAAGUGUUACUUGCCCUGUGGACCUGACACUUUCGCCGCCCCGAGCAUCUGUCGGCGCUCGACAUGGUCUGCCGGGCGGCACGGCAUUCAUUCUGAUUGACAGUGGCGAUAGAAGCUUGGCGGGAGAAAGAGUCUGCCGGUUUCUGACAGGCUUCGCCAAACUGGGUCGUGGUGUAAGAUUCGUCGAGUUCCCGCUACGGAUUCCUCCAAGCAUUGAAGCCGGGUUCAAGACCUGGCCUUCAUCAACCCCAGCCAAGUUCAACUUAUCCGGCAAUCCGAGCUACAUCAGUGAUAAGUUCGGAUCCUGGACAGCAGCCGUGACCACAACUGGUGGUGUUCUUGGCGUUGGAGGCUAUGCCCGCUAUAGCAGAGCAUUACCCCUUCCCAGCCUCUUAGCUACCUCUCCUUCACCCCCGCUACUCUUCGAAGCCGAAGCUUGCACAGACGCAUUCCAGGGGAAACACCUAGCCCUGCGCAGCCUAUUCUCUGUAGGGCGUUCAUCCAAGCUGGGCCUGGAGGUCGCCAUCACAGAGCACUCCCUACAUCUAUCUCUACACUGGUCGCGCCUCGGCCAACGCCUCACUCUCCCCCUUCUCAUCUCAACAUACCAAAGCUCCAUCGCCUCCGCCAGGCUAAUCUUCUGGACAUCAACAGCCACGAUGGCCGCCGCCGCCGCCUACAACUUUUUCUUCCCCUCCGCAGCUGGACGUCCCCGGCGUCCCCGGCACCUGAGGGGACCGACAUCCGCUUCGGUGGCUGCCCAGCGCCAUCGGGCCGACCUCCUCACGACACUCCUCGCACACCCGGUCACCGCUCGCCAGAAGCACCUCUCCCUGGCCAGCGGGGGGGAUAAUCUGGUGAUUCUCAGCGCCAAGUUCGGUGUCCAGGAGGGAGACGGCUCCAGCUGGGGCGGGGAGGAGGUGGCCGAUGUGACGAUUGCGCUGGCGGCGCUGCUGAGUGAGGAGGGUAGGAAGCUGGUUGUUCCCCCUGGGCUGCGGUUGGCUAGCAUUCCUGGAUUCUGGGAUCCAGACCCGGAGAAGGAGAAGACGUUGUUUGUGAGAUAUUCGUGGAGAGGGAAGGAGGGUGUGGUGGAGGUUAAGGGGGAGUAUGGACUAGUUCUUCCUCCCGAGGAAGGUUGA